AUGACGAACACAAAGGGAAAGAGGCGGGGUACCCGCUAUAUGUUCUCCAGGCCUUUCAGAAAGCAUGGGGUCGUUCCUUUGGCCACAUACAUGCGAAUCUACAAGAAAGGCGAUAUUGUGGACAUCAAGGGAAUGGGCACAGUUCAAAAAGGCAUGCCCCACAAAUGUUACCACGGCAAAACUGGAAGAGUUUACAAUGUGACCCAGCAUGCUGUCGGCAUUGUCGUGAACAAGCAAGUCAAGGGUAAGAUUCUUGCCAAGAGAAUUAAUGUGCGCAUCGAGCAUAUUAAGCACUCUAAGAGCCGAGACAGCUUCCUGAAGCGAGUGAAGGAAAAUGAUCAGAAAAAGAAGGAAGCCAAAGAGAAAGGGACGUGGGUUCAGCUAAAGCGCCAGCCCUUCCCUCCUGCCAGCGAGCUCACACGCACGCAUGCUUCCGACGUCGACUCUGACGCAGAGGCUGAUAUGGGCACGCUCGACGUCGCGUCCUAUUGA